CUAUCCCGGAGCAGUUACUUACUUUCAAACUAAGAUUUCCCAACAGGCGCAGGAUGCUGUGAAUUGAAAUGUAGUGGCCCAUGACACAUCCACAAAUCCAUCAGCGUUGAUGGCUGCUUGGCUCUAACAUACCAUUACCACCCAAUUCUGUGCAGAAAUGAUGGGAGAGAGCGAACACUGAAGGUACAUGGCGCGGGAAGGGGCAAAUUAAUUUUGAAAACUACAAUGGCUACGCGGAAUCGCACUGCAUUAUAUAGGAAGUAUAGGGAUGCGCUGCAUCAAGUCAAAACAACCACCACCACCCUCUCUACAGGAGGAAGAAGAGGUCCGGUUAUUGAAUUGGCCACUGCUUCUCUUUUAAAUCCUUAUUCUCAGCUUAGCACAAAUGACACAGACAAUCCCAGUGGACAAGUAGUUACAGUAGGCCUACCUCCAGCAUGGGUGGAUCUAUCAGAAGAAAUAGGCAGUAGCAUGCAGCGAGCACGCACUAAAAUGGCUGAGCUAGCUAAGGCCCAUGCAAAAGUGUUGAUGCCAUCCUUUGGUGAUGCCAAGGAAGAUCAACAUGCAAUAGAGGUACUGUCACAAGAGAUCACUGAAUUGUUGAAGAAAUGUGAAAAGAACCUCCAACAGCUUUCUGGACAUGGUGCAUCUGAUGACACAAAUGUUCGGAAAAAUGUGCAGAGAUUUCUCGCUACGGAUCUUCAGUCACUCUCAAUGGAGUUCCGCAAAAGACAGACAGUCUAUUUAAAGCGCAUCCGGCAACAACAAGAUGGGACUGAUGGCGUUGAUAUUGAGAUGAAUUUCAAUCAGAAAAGAUUGAAGCAGGAAGAUGAUUCUUUUGAUUCGGAUUUUAAUGAUCAGCAGAUGACCAAGUUGAAGAAAAAUGAAGCACUAACAGAUGAAAGACAGAGAGAAAUUUUACAGAUUGUAGAUUCUGUAAGUGAUCUUGCUGAAAUUAUGAAAGAUCUUUCUACUCUAGUCAUUGAUCAGGGAACUAUUGUUGAUCGUAUUGAUUACAACAUUCAGAAUGUUUCAGCUUCAGUUCAGCAGGGUCUCAAACAUUUGGAAACGGCAGAAAGAUCUCAGCGAAAUGGAGGGAUGGUCAUGUGUGCAACUGUUCUAAUUUUCAUGUGUCUCUUCAUGAUUGUUGUGCUUAUUAUUAAAGAAACAUUCUUUUAGUUUGAUACGUUUUUAGCUUGAGUUUUCCUUUUGUUCCAGCCAGUUGAAAACUGGAAUUUCCUCCACAAAUAAUUUGAUGAUGUGUGUAUGAGUUAUAUGUUUGCAUAUGGAAGAAAGCCUUUGAGCUUGGAGAUGUUGCACACAACUUGCAGAGCACAUUUUGCAGAGCACAUUUGUGAGGAUUCCCCUGGAAAUUUCUUACCAUUGUUCACCCUCCUAUUUGAUGGUCAGUUGGGCCGGAUGGUUAAAUCCUUUAUGAAUAUCGUUGUGCUAUGACUAAUUAGAGGCUUGCAUCUCUAGCACAAUCCUGCAUCAUUAUACAGGAUUUACGGGUUACUCUAUUCCACUAUCUUUAGCAAGUUGCUAUCUUGAAUUUGAUUGUUUUGCAUUACGGUGCCAAUCUCGAGCAAUAUUUCAUUUGUAUCUAUAACAAAGAUAGUAACUGUUGAGGAACAGAACUUAGCCAAUUGAGGCUUCUAUUGUAUUGAUUUUUUCGGGUAAUUCCGAAUAUAUCAGAAUUAGAACACCAUUGAGAAUUUUGAUGGAUCAUUAUGAAAGACCUUGGCAAUAUUAUUUGGGUUUCAUGGUACCAUUGUUAAAUCAAAUCUGUUCCCGACGAAUUUUACAUAAUACAGCACAUGGUUCGGUUAUUUGCUUC